ACCUUGAACUCUUUCAAUUAGCUUUCAGCUUCCCAAGCUGCUAGCCGUGAUUUGUCCACGUUUUUCCCUUUUUUGUUGCCCGUUUUUUUUUCCGUGUAUUUUGCGUGGUAUUUGUGGCGUUUUAAUCUCAGUGUAUUUGCGUUGAAUGUUCCCGCGGGUGGAGGAGCACUUCCACUCACUGGAGAGCCAGGAGGAGAUCGCAGGGCCGGGACCCAAGAUGAGAGCCGGCGGCGGCCAGAGAUUCAACCUAACCUCCAUUGCCAACCAGACACGCGCUCGCCAUCUGGCCAAGUCGCCCAGGAUCGCUCAGAAUGGAUAUGGACACGGAUGCGGAGUCGGGCAUGGAUGUGUGGCAGCGAUGCUACUACUAUGCGGUGCGAUUCUUGCCACCGCGGCGGGAUCACAGGACGCGGGGACAUGCGAGGCAGGACAAUUCCGGUGCAGAGAUGGCGGCUGCAUCUUACUGGCGAAGAUGUGCGACGGACAUGGAGACUGCAAGGACGGCACAGACGAAUUGGACUGCGACUACCGACUGUGCCGAGAGCCACAUUGGUUCCCGUGUGCCCCGCCACACGGCGCCUGCCUGGCAGCGGAACUAAUGUGCAACGGCAUCGACAACUGUCCUGGCGGCGAGGAUGAGCUCAACUGUCCCGGCCGGACCCUGUUCCCCCAGCGGCGGCGCAACUGCUCCAGCUCGGAGUGGACCUGCCAGCAGGACCGCACCUGCCUGCCCCUGGAACUGAUGUGCGACGGCCGGGCGGACUGUUCGGACCGAUCCGACGAGCUGGCCGGCUGCGAGCGCCAGAAAACGGAGGCCAACUGCCCCCCGGAGGGCCAUCUCUGUCCCAAUGGACGGUGUCUGAGGCGGAGGCAGUGGCUCUGCGACGGCCACGACGACUGCGGCGACGGGAGCGAUGAGAAGGGUUGCGAAAACCUGUGCCAGCCGCAGAUGGGGAAGUUCAUGUGCCGGAACAAGGAGGCCUGCCUGCCCCUGAGCGACGCCUGCGAUGGGCACCGGGACUGCUCCGAUGACAGCGACGAGGCGGAAGGAUGCCACUCGCCACCGGACUGCAAGACGAAGAAGUGUCCCCCGAACGCCACCUGCCACAUGAUGCCCAGCGGAGGAGCCGAGUGCCACUGUCCGGUGGGCUUCCGGCAGGCCAAGUUCGAGGACAAGUGCGUGGACAUCGACGAGUGCCAGGAGAGCGAGCAGGAGCAGAGGGACGUGUGCAGUCAGAAGUGCGAGAACCAGAGCGGAGGAUUCCAGUGCGUCUGCGACGAGGGCUACCACCUGGCCAGGGACAACAGGACGUGCCGGGCCAUGGCAACCUCUUCCUCGACGGACCAGGCGCCACUGCUCCUCUACACGACCCAGAUGACGGUGAUGGGCAUGCACCUGCAGGAGGACAACGACCGGAACCAUGUCUUCCUGGUGGCCGGCAACCUGACCAAAGUGAUCGGCGUGGCCUACGACGGCAGUCACAUCUACUGGACGAACAUCCAGAACGAGGCCGAGAGCCUGGUGCGGGCGAAGGGCGAUGGCUCCCAGGCGGAGACUCUCCUGACCUCCGGACUGGAUGCGCCCGAGGACCUGGCCGUGGACUGGCUGACCCAGAACAUCUACUUCUCGGACAACGCCAUGCGGCACAUUGCCGUGUGCUCCCAUGACGGACUCAACUGCGCCGUCCUGGUCACCCAGGACGUCCACCAGCCGCGCUCCCUCGCCCUAUGGCCCCAGCGGGGUCUCAUGUUCUGGACGGACUGGGGCGUCCGCCCGAUGAUAGCCAGGGCCUCCAUGGACGGGACUCGCUCCCGGCCGAUUGUCAGCGACAACAUCCACUGGCCGAACGGCAUCGCCCUGGACAUGCACCAGCAGCAGGGCAGGAUCUACUGGGUGGACGCCAAGCUGGGCAGCGUCCAGACCGUCCGGAUAGACGGCUCCGGCCGGCGCACCAUCCUCGACGGCGUCCUGAAGCAUCCCUACGGGCUGGCCCUGUUCGAGGACCAGCUGUUCUGGUCCGACUGGGUCACCAAGAGCGUCCACUCGUGCCACAAGUUCACCGGCAAGGGACACCGCGUCCUGGCCAAGGAUCGCACCAUCUACGCCGUACACGUCUACCAUCCGGCCAAGCAGCCGCAGUCCUCGCACGGCUGCCAGACGGCCAGCUGCUCCCACUUCUGCCUCCUGGCCGAGCCGGAGGCGGGCGGGCACAGCUGCGCCUGCCCGGACGGGAUGCGGCUGGCGGCCGACCAGCAGCGCUGCAUCCGGACGGAGAAGCGCCAGCGACUGUUCAUCGGAAUGCAGCGCGUCCUCCUAGAGAUCGAGCACACGGCCUUUGGCCGGCACUCGGUCAGCGCCUCGCACGUCCUGGACGGGUUCAUCGACGAGAUGGUCUUCAAUCCGGUGAACGGAAGCCUCAUCAUCGCGGACAACAGGCAGCGGAUCAUCUUCGAGUACCAUCCGGCGGUGAAGUACAUGGAGCGCCUGGUCAGCAACCUGGGCAAUGUCAGUGCCCUGGCCUUCGACCAUCUCAGCCGGAAUAUCUACUGGGCGGAUGCGGAGAAGGGCGUGGUGGAGCUGCUCUCCCUCCAGACCCGGGAACGGGCGCUGAUCCGUCUCUUCCCCGGCCAAGAGUGGCCCGUGGGCCUGGCCGUUGUACCCGGCGAGGGUCACCUGUACGUGCUCCUCAAGUCCCGGAGGCGCAGCCACAUAGACCGGAUCCCGCUGAGCGGCAAGGGCGAGCAGGUGCAUGUGGUGGAGGACGACCUGGGCGACGACGACUUCAAGCUGGCCGUGGACCCGGAAACGCACACUCUCUUCUGGUCGGACAGCGACCUGGGCCGGAUCAGCUACACGGACUACCGGACGGUCCAGCCGCAGAUCUUCCGCGGCAAGCUGCGGCGUCCCUACGCCCUGGCCCUCGUCCAGCAGGACCUGUUUUGGAGCGAGAUGAACUCCAAUGGCAUCUACUGGGCGCACAAGAACAACCUGGGUCCCCGCAAGCGGAUCAACGUUGAGCCCAAGGAUGGGCCCGUAUCGGCCCCCCGUAUGAUUCCCCUGGCCGCCAGUUCCUUGCCCCCCAGGGACUCCCAUCCCUGCCAGCAGCAGAACGGCGGCUGCUCCCACAUCUGUGUGGGCGAGGGCGCCUACCACACCGUCUGCCUCUGUCCGGCGGGCUUCGUGUUCCGAGAUGCCGGCAAUCGCACCUGCAUGGAGGCCCUGGACUGCGAGUUCCGGUGCGGGAGCGGCGAGUGCCUGACGAUGGCCCAUCGGUGCAACGGCCACCGGGACUGCCUGGACAGCUCCGACGAGACGGACUGCGACGAGGAGCACCGCCGGCGGACGAAGGUGAUGUGCUCGGGGCGGCAGUUCGCCUGCCACAGUGGCGACCAGUGCGUCGACAAGGAGCGGCGCUGCGACGGCCGCAAGGACUGCCAGGACCAGUCCGACGAACAGCACUGCGAGAAGUUCGACAAGACCAAGAAGUGCCACGCCCACCAGCACGCCUGCGACAACGGCAAGUGCGUGGACGCCAGUCUGCGGUGCGACGGGAUGAACGACUGCGGCGACGACUCGGACGAGAUGCACUGCGGCGACUCGGCCGUGGGGUGCGAGGAGGGGAUGUUCCGGUGCAGCAGCGGCUCCUGCCUGCCGGCCGGGUGGGAGUGCGACGGGAAGAUCGACUGCAGCGACGGCUCGGACGAGCACGACAAGUGCGGACGACGCAGCUGCCCGCCGGAGAUGCAUCGCUGCCUGCUGGGCCAGUGCCUGGACAAGAAGCUCAUCUGCAACGGGCACAACGACUGCGGCGAUGGCUCCGACGAACUGAACUGCAGCGACGAGGCCAAGUCGAACCUAUCCUGUCCCGCGGAGAAGUUCCAGUGCACCAGCAAUCCGAGGAUCUGCCUGCCGGGAAGGACGCGAUGCAAUGGGACGGCCGAGUGCCCGCGCGGCGAGGACGAGGCGGACUGCGGCGACAUGUGCGGAAUUGAGGAGUUCCAGUGCCGGUCCGGUGGCCAGUGCAUCCGGCGGGAGUUCCGCUGCGACGGCGACCGUGACUGCACUGACGGAUCCGACGAACUGGCCUGCGAACUGGUGAUCAAGAACCGCAACCAGACGGAGGGCAUCCGACCGGAGGCCAGUCCCUCGGGCAGGCCGUGCCGGGCCAGCUUGUUCGACUGCCGGGAUGGGCAGGAGUGCGUGGACAUGUCCCGGGUGUGCAACGGCUUCCCCGACUGCUCCAACGGAAUGGACGAGGGCCCCCAGUGCACCACUGCCUGCUCCAAGAGCUCCUGCCAGCACAAGUGCCGGGCCACGCCCUCCGGCGCCAUAUGCUCCUGCCACGACGGCUACCGCCUGGACGGCGAUCAGCGCAGCUGUGUGGACGUGGACGAGUGCCAGGAGCAGCAGCCGUGCGCCCAGCUCUGCGAGAACACCCUCGGCUCGUACCAGUGCCAGUGCCAUGCCGACUUCAUGCUGCGCCAGGACAGGGUCAGCUGCAAGAGCCUCCACGCCGCCUCCGCCCUGCUCUUCACCAGCUACAACGAGGUGAGGAACAUGACGGAGCAGCCGGUGAUGCUGGAGGUGGCCUGGUCGGCCAACGACUCGCGCAUCUCCGGCUUCGACGUGGACGUGAAGCGGCAGGUGGGCUACUUCUCCUCCGAGGAGGAUGGCCUCCUCUACCAGAUCGACCUGAAGAACAAGCAACGCAUCCGUGGUCUGGCCGUGGACGCACCCACCAAGCUCUCCCUCGACUGGGCCACCGGAAAUGUGUACAUCCUGAGCGGGGGCAGUGGCGCCCUGGAGGUCCAGGUCUGCAGCUUCGAGGCGGGCAUGUGCGGACGGAUCGUGAAGGUGAAGAGCCCGCGGCAUCUCAAGCACCUGGCCGUCGAUGGCUAUCAUUCCCGGCUCUUCUAUGUGGCCCUGCGAUCCGAGAGCCUGGGCCACUCCCAGUCGGAGCUGCACAUGUCCCGGCUGGACGGCAGUCGCCACGAGUUGCUCCUCCAGCGCAGCGACAGCUAUGUCUCCGCCCUGACCACCGAUCCCCACCAGCAGCUGCUCUACUUCGUGGACCUGCACACCCGCACAUUGGAGCGGAUGCCGUACAGGCCGCGGAACGGGCCUCAGAGGCGGCCGGAGGUGAUGCUCCAGAAGUCGAACGCCCUGCUCCAGCCCUCCGGCCUGAGUGUCUUCGAGAACCACGUCUACCUCGUCAAUCUGGGCGCCAAGGAGGCGGUGCGCUGUCGGAUGUACGGCUCCCGCGUCUGCAACUUCAUCAAUCUGAACGUCCUGAAUGCCCAGGAUGUGGUGGUGGCCGCCGCCUCCCGCCAGCCCCAGCCCGCUGCCCAUCCCUGCGUCCACGCCCACUGCCGGGGUAUGUGCAUCCAGGCGGACUACGGCUACGAGUGCAUGUGUGGCCACCAGAAGGUGGCCGAGGGCGAGCACUGUCCCCAUGGCUCCGGCAAUGAAGUCUUCCUGGAGUCCAAGUACUCUGCCUCCGAGUCGUCCCCUUCCUCAUCCGAUAACCAGGGAACGUCCUUCCACUGGUGGCUGGCCCUGCUCAUCCUGGCAAUCGGAUCCCUGGUGGCCGGACUCGGGUACAUGUACUUCCAGUACCGGCGACGCGGUCACAGGGAUCUCAACAUUAACCUGCACUUCCAGAAUCCGUUGGCGACGCUCGCCCGCGCCGAUCCCAAAGCCACCGAGUCCUCCGCUGUCGUGGAGUUUGCCCCGGAGCAGGGCUACGGAUCCGAGGAGCCGGCGAGUCAACCGCCUGCCGGCAUGGCUGCUCCGAACGUGUUCCAGCGAUUCAUGCGCUCCCGACAGUCGAGGGACGACCCCAUGGCCACCGAACUGCUGCUCGAUACCCCGAGAGCAAGCACGGUACACUCGCUGGAGGGAGGACGACAAAGGAUCGGAGUACCGGACAUCCUGGUGGCAGAAUUUGAGGACACUGCCCCUCCGGACUGUCCGGCCGGACAGUACGGCGGACGCUUCCCAGGCGAUGAUCCGCAUGCAUGACCUGUGUCGUAAAUAGCUUCAAUUCGCUGCGCUUUUAUGUUAAUUGUUAAAUUUAAUUUAAAUGUUAAAUGGUUUGGCUUAAAUGUAUUUCCUAGAUAUGUCUACAAGAUCUAUAAAGAUAAUCAGAAAUCAGUAAUAAAAAAUAUAUAACAUA